AUGAUGAAUGACGAUCAUUUAGAUAAAGAUAGUAGUAAUAAUAGUAGUAGUAUAUUACAUGAUGAUUUCAAAACAACAAACAAAGAACAACAAAAGAAAGAAAAGAUACAAAAUGCCCCAUUAUUAAAUGAUGAUGAUGACGACGUAUCAUUAGAAGUCGAUGAAGAAAGUAAAGACUUUGCAAAGAGAUUAUCAUCUGCUUAUAAUCAUGCUGCAACUACCACUACUACUAGUACUACAUCUACAAAUAAUAACAACAAUAAUAAUAAUACAACAGGGACAUCAACACCAACCAUUACAGAUGAAGACUAUGCAGCAGAACUACAAGCAGAGUAUAACAAAGAACCACAACAAUCUAUUCAUAUCCCACCAGACGAUGAUCUACAUUUUAAUGAUUCCUUUGAAAUGCCAGAGGUGACCAGUCAUUCUGAAGAUUAUCAUAGAUUUAUUUCAUUAAAAAGAACUGGUACAGCUGUUAAAGCUCUUUCAAUGUUAAUAUUUUUUUUCUCUAUUAUGACAUAUUUUAUUCAAGCAUGGUGGUUAUUAUUUUCUGGAGGGAUUGUAAUGUGUCCAAUUGGUUUCUAUGCAUCUCAUUAUUUAAAGAGACGUUUAUUCCUAUUUUUUAUGGUAUAUUUGGUAAUUGAUAUAAUAUUUAGAUUUGGAUUUUUAUUCUCACAUUUAAAGGAACUUUCUGGAUUUGGUAUAUUUAUAUCAUUUGUAAUUGAUGCAUUGGAGGGAUAUGUAGUCUAUUUUUGUCUAAACUUUUAUAAACGAAUGCCAAGUGAUGGUACCAUUACUUUUAGAGAUUUCUAUUUACAUGAUACUGGACUUUGGAGUUUUUAA